GUCGUUUACAGCCAGACCCUUCUAACGACAGCCGUGAGACCGCGACAGUCAUAGUAAUUAUAAUAAGACCGCGAAAGUAGUGGCAAGAAGAACAUUGUACUGGUUUCAACCGGGAUCACCACAUGGGUUACCACUUGUGAUAACAGAAUGGUGUGAGGGUGUUCUAGCAGCACGAUGAAGAGCUGAAGAACAAAGGGAAAGACACAUGUGACUGCAUUUAUAUGCUGUGGGCAGGCAAUCCCGACUCUCGUCUGUCAACCCAAACAAAAAUUCAUCUUGCACUCAUGACCCCAGCCACAAAUCUUAACUCUGGUAUCAUUAAUCGUGUUCGACUCAUACAAAUGCACACAGAAAUUUUAAGAUAUAACAGCAUUUCAAUGAGUAGGUUUGGAUGACGGUAAUAUGCUCAAUCUCCGUGUCUCUCUGCUCGCGAAUACAGCUAGGAACUAAACUAAAUAUCAUCACAUAACUGCCACUCUUGGGCGGUCGCUGGCCAGAAAGCGAACAAGUCCCCACAUUUUCAGAUUCCGGCUACAAGAGUCUUCAUUCGAUCACAACCAGACCUUCCAUUUGCCCUUGCCCAAGGAGCCGACCUUAGCGUGAGGCUGCCUCCGUUCUUGGCUCCAGCGGCCACCUCCCUUCCUCCUCUCUCUUCCUCAUGCCUGCCCUCCCUUCAUGCUGGCAUCUGCUGCUGCGAUGAUAUCCCACCAAACGCCCUGGCUCUGGACCUCAGCACCACUUAGAACCUCCAGGCAGCUCCAUUAAAGGGUAACUAAGCCUACCUUCGACCUUGUAUUGACUAUCAGAGUUUAAACAGCAUCACUGGCAAGAACCGCUACCCCCUCUCACUCAUAACCACGGCCUUCAAGGUUUUGCAGGGAGCCAUCGUCUUCAACAACCUGGAUCUCUUUAAUGCUUAUAAUCUGGUCAGAAUCCGGGAGGGAGACGAAUGGAAGACGGCAUUCAAUACACCAACAGGGCACUAUGAGUAUCGGGGAUUGCCAUUUGGCCUAGUCAAUGCUCCACCUGUUUUUCAGGGUUUUAUUAAUGACGUGCUCAGAGAGAUGCUUAACACUUCUGUUUUUGUUUAUUUGGAUGAUAUUCUUAUUUUUUCCAGUGACCUCAAGGAACAUGUUCAACAUGUCAGACAUCCCUUGCCCAACUGUUGAAGAACAAGCUAUUCGUCAAUCUCGAAAAGAGCGAGUUCCAUGUCCCAGCUGUCUCACUUCUCGGCUUCUGGGUGUCCAAAGGCAGCCUCCAGAUGGAUCCCGGCAAGAUCCAGGUGAUCCUUGAUUGGCCGCAAUCGCCCUCAGUCGAACAGGUUCCAAGAAUCUCAAGCCAGAUGCCCUCACUAGACAAUUUGAACCUUCCAAGAAGUAUGCUCACCCAGAAACCAUCCUUCCUACUUCCAGGGUACUAGCCCCUAUCCUAUGGGAUCUAAAGACAGCCAUCAGAAAAGCCCAACUUCACCAGCCUGACCCAGGUAAUGGCCCUAGGGGAUGCCUCUUUGUUCCUGUGCGUAUGCGUCCCAAGGAGUUACAGUGGGCACAUGCUAACCCCUCCUCAGGACACCCGGGGGCUACUAGAACCUGCAAACUGGUCCAGAGGAGGUUUUGGUGGCCCAGAGUGCAGAGAGAUAUCUGGUCCUUCGUCUCCACCUGCGGCGUUUGUGCACAGAACAAGGAACCACCCUCAAGGAUCAGUGUCAAAACAGAUUCAGCUUGUAGGUUGCCAUGCCACCAGUUAAAAAGUAUGAUGAGGAGCCAGAACCAGGAGACCUCAUUGAAAUCUUCAGAAAUGGUUACCAGCACUGGGCUAUCUAUGUUGGUGACGGUUUUGUGAUUCACAUGGCCCCACCUUCAGAGUAUGCUAACGCUGGGUCUUACAGCAUGAUAUCAGUCAUGUGUCCCAGAGCCUUAGUGAAGAAGGAAGAAAUCUGGGAUGUUGUAGGCUCAGACGAGUACCGUAUCAACAACCUUCUAGACGACAAAUAUGAGCCUAGAGAAAUCAGAAAUAUCCUACGGUACGCACAGAGGCUUGUGGGCAGAAGGUGUCCAUACUGUGUGGUCAAUUAUAAUUGUGAGCACUUUGUCACAGAGCUGAGAUAUGGAAAGCCAGAGUCCCACCAGGUACAAACAGCGGUGGAGAUUUCUGUUGCAGCUGGUAUUGCAAUGGCUGCCAUUGGAGCAUUUGCUUAUGCUGCUGGCUUUUUUGGCUCAAGAGACAAAGAGAAGCAGACAAAAUAAACGCUUCGACAUGCACAACCGAAGAUUUACAGCAAAUGUACAUUUCGUAGUGUAUAUUUAUGGUAAACCUGCAAAUAAAGAUAACCACAUUUGUAGUAGAAAAACAAUGAGAGAGCUUUAAGGGUGUUCACCAAUGAGAACAAGCUAUUUUUUCCCCUCCAUGAUUGGUCGGUCGUUCCUCUUUAUAAAUCCAUUAGCUGAUUCUUCAU